GCCAUGGUAAAGGUACUAUGUUGUGUAACGCAGCAUUGAAAGGGAAACUUAUUUCAUGAGCAAUAAUAUGGCGCUAUCGAAACACUCCUCUGAUAUUGAGAACCUACUUGCCCUUAACCCUAGGAUAAAGCCACAUGCAAGUUUGGUUUCCACACUGACAACAAAGUCCAACAGAAAAUACUGGAAGAGGAAUCUGGAAAAGGGCUGUUCUAGUUGUGAAAGUCUUGUUAACAACUUUGAUGAUGUCAAACACACGACCCUGAGUGAAAGGGCAGCUUUAAGAGAGGCAGCAAGGUGUCUCAAGUGUGCUGAUGCUCCAUGUCAGAAGAGCUGUCCAACACAGUUAGAUAUCAAGUCGUUUAUCACUAGCAUUGCCAACAAGAACUAUUAUGGAGCAGCAAAGGCAAUCUUGAGUGAUAAUCCCCUUGGUCUGACAUGUGGUAUGGUGUGCCCUACAAGUGACCUUUGUGUUGGUGGCUGUAAUUUGUAUGCCACUGAGGAGGGACCUAUUAACAUUGGUGGCUUGCAGCAGUUUGCUACAGAGAUUUUUAAGAAGAUGAGAAUUGGACAAAUACGUGAUCCUUCAAUGGAACCUGUUGACCAGCUUCCUGAGAGUUACCACUCCAAGGUGGCAUUCAUUGGAUGUGGUCCUGCUUCAACAAGUUGUGCAACAUUUUUAGCUCGCCUUGGUUACACAAACUUGACAGUAUUUGAAAAGGAGAAUUACGUUGGUGGAUUAAGCUCUUCAGAGAUUCCGCAAUACAGGCUUCCAUAUGAUGCAGUUAAUUUUGAAGUGGAACUUAUGAAGGACCUUGGAGUCAAGAUUGAACUUGGUAAAGGCUUAGGUAAAGAUGGACUGUCUAUCAAAGCUCUCAAGGAAGCUGGGUAUGAGAGCAUCUUCAUUGGUAUUGGUCUGCCUCAGCCCAGGCUGUCACCAGUAUUUGAGGGGUUAAAUGUGCAGAAUGGCUUCUAUACGUCCAAAGACUUCCUACCAGUAGUUUCCAAGGGAAGCAAGGCUGGUAUGUGUUCCUGUAAGGCAAACCUACCAGAACUCUUUGGACAUGUGAUUGUCCUUGGAUCUGGAGACACAGCCUUUGACUGUUGCACUUCAGCUCUCCGUUGUGGAGCUCGCAAAGUAUCAGUCAUUUUCAGAAGAGGCUUCACUAAUAUCAGAGCAGUUCCAGAAGAGAUGCAACUGGCUGUCGAGGAGAAGUGUGAAUUCCUACCUUUUCUGUCGCCAAAAAAGGUUCAUGUUAAAGAUGGAAAAAUCUACGCUAUGGAGUUCAGCAAGACAGAACAGUUGGAGGAUGGUUCAUGGAUUGAAGAUGAAGAACAGACUCUAAAGAUAAAAGUAAACUUUGUCAUUUCAGCAUUUGGUUCCACUCUAGCUGCUGGUGAUGUUAUCAAUGCUAUGACACCUCUGAAGUUCAAUAAGUGGGGGCUCCCAGAGGUGGAUUCACAGACAAUGAGUACGAGUGAACCUGGAAUAUUUUGUGGUGGAGACAUUGGUGGGUUAGCUAACACGACAGUGGAAAGUGUCAAUGAUGGAAAGCAAGCUGCCUGGCAUAUUCACAAGUACUUGCAGGCACUAUACGGUCUACCAGUGCCAAAGGAGCCCUGUUUACCGAAGUUCUACACUCCUAUUGAUGAAGUGGACCUCAGUAUAGACAUAUGUGGAUUAAAGUUUGUGAAUCCAUUUGGCUUAGCAAGUGCACCUCCAACUACUACUGCUGCCAUGAUCAGAAGAGGAUUUGAAGCUGGCUGGGGAUUUGCCGUAACUAAGACUUUUGCACUCGACAAGGACGUUGUAACUAAUGUGUCACCCCGCAUAGUGCGUGGAACAACGUCAGGUCAUCUGUAUGGGCCAGGUCAAGGAGCUUUUCUGAACAUAGAACUCAUCAGUGAAAAGACAGCAGCUUAUUGGUGUCGUUCAGUGACAGAGCUCAAGAAAGAUUUUCCUGACAGGAUCGUAAUUGCCAGCAUCAUGUGUGGAUAUUCCAAGGAAGACUGGACUGAAUUGGCCAUAAUGGCCGAGGCCUCAGGAGCGGAUGCGCUAGAAUUGAACUUAUCAUGCCCACAUGGAAUGGGAGAGAGAGGCAUGGGUCUAGCUUGUGGUCAGGAUCCAGAACUAGUUCGGAACAUUUGCAGAUGGAUACGAAGUGUCAUUAAAAUUCCGUUUUUUGCAAAACUAACCCCAAAUGUUACAGAUAUCGUCAACAUUGCCAGAGCUGCCAAAGAAGGGUGUGCUGAUGGAGUGACUGCAACUAACACAGUGUCUGGCUUGAUGGGCGUGCGUCCGAACAGUGCUGCAUGGCCUGCAGUUGGAAAAGAACAAAGGACAACUUAUGGAGGCGUGUCGGGUAAUGCAAUUCGUCCCAUAGCAUUACGAGCUGUAUCUGCGAUUGGCAGAGCCCUUCCGGGUUUUCCAAUCUUAGCUACUGGGGGAGUGGAUAGUGCAGAAGCUGCGCUUCAAUUCCUUCAUUGCGGAGCAUCUGCUGUUCAGGUAUCGAGUGCUGUACAAAACCAAGAUUUCACGCUAAUUGAUGAUUAGACAACUGGAUUGAAGUGCUUGCUCUACCUUCAAACUGUAGAAGAACUCUCUACUUGGGAAGGGCAAAGUCCUCCUACACCAAAACACCAAAAAGGCAAAACUGUUCCAAAAAUAGCUGAGCUUGUUGGAAAGUCCCUUCCUAGUUUUGGACCAUUCCUGAAGGAAAGAAAUGCUGUUGUCGCAAGGUAUAAAGAAAAUAUUGACUUGCUGGGUAAAGGAUUAGAGCCCGAGGAAGUCAGGCCAGCUUUCAAACCGGACAAACCUACCAUAUUACUGAAGGAUGUAGUGGGCGCGGCUUUGGAUCGAAUUGGUUCCUAUGGUGACCUGGAUAACAGACAACAAGUUGUUGCUGUAAUUGACGAAGAUUUAUGUAUAAACUGUGGUAAAUGCUACAUGACCUGUAAUGACUGUGGCUACCAGGCCAUCACCUUUGAUGCUCAAACCCAUCUUCCGCUUGUCACUGCUGACUGUACUGGCUGUACAUUGUGCUUUUCUGUUUGCCCAGUUAUUGAUUGUAUCAAGAUGGUUCCGAGGGAAGGUCCCUACAAGCCAAGCCGUGGUGUUCCGCUGGCUGUUAUUGGAGAAGCUUGAAUCAAACUCAAUCAGCAGUCGUUCUGCUCUACUGUAGGCACUCCACAUCAAUCAUCAGACAUUUUAUCUAUCAAGUAUUUCAUCUUGAGGGAAGACUUUUGAUACUCUUUUUCUGGUCUUAAAUUUGAUAUGAUUGAUUAACUUGGGAUAGGUUGAGAAAUGGACGAGAAUUCUUGGUGUUAAGUCUGUAAUCCAUUGUGUGUUUUUGUGUGUUAGGGAAGUGGGUUUGAUCUCUCCUACUUUUUCUACAACUAUACUACUAGUGAAAACAAUACUUGUGAAUACAGUACUAGUGAAUACAAAGCUUGUGAAUACAAUACUAGUGAAUACAACAGUAAAUACAAUGCUUGUGAAUAUUGUUAGUAAAUGCAAUAAUAGUGAAUAUAAUAAAUACAAUAACGAACA